GUUUUGACACAUAUAUACAGAAGAUCGCCGGCCCAAUAAAAGAUUGCCAAGUCUAUCAACAAGUACCGUUUCGAUCGAAAAACCAUUGGAAAAAAUACCACAAAGUGACAUCCGACAGAAUAGCCCUUCAUGUUACAAAUUAUUGCUUCCAACUGAAAUCAUUCGAAAAUCGUGUGUUGUUAAAUCUUGUCAUAGCGCCUUUUAGUAUGUCAAAUACCGUUAACAAAUACGCGAGUAAAGUUUACUCAAAAAUUGGCGAAGAACUCUAUUUGACCGAUGAAUUGGCCGAUGUUCGCUUUGUUUUUAAGAUGGCCGAUGGACAAUAUGAACGCAUCCCGGCACAUAAACUACUAUUGAAAAGCGUCAGCGAUGUAUUCCGCACAAUGUUCAAUGAAACAUGGAAAGAAAAGGAGGAAGUUGACAUAAUUGAUGCUUCUGCCGUCGAAUUUAAAGAAUUUUUACAAUUUUUCUAUUUGGAACAAUUGAAAUUGACCACAAAAAAUGUUGCCAAAGUCAUGUAUCUUGGUGAUAAAUACAAUGUGGCUGGCUGCUUGGACAUAUGCGAACAAUUUUUGAUCAAUUCACUGAGCGACGACAACCUUUUCCAGAAUUAUGAGCUCAGCAUUUUUUUCAAUCAAAACAAAUUGAAGAAAUAUUGCGAAACUGUAAUCGCUUUCGAUACAAAAAACGUGUUGGUAUCGGGAAAUUUUAUGGAGUGCGACCGUAAGGUGCUUAGUCACAUUUUAAACAUAGACUCAUUGUCAUGUUCUGAAAGCAAAUUGUUCGAGGCAUGUAUGGGAUGGACAAAAAAUGCAGCAAAUGCAGACAAUUUAACGCGGGAAGCUGUUAAACGACAACUUGGCAAUUUGUUUUACGAAAUUCGUUUUAAAUCUAUGAGUUCACUGCAGUUUGCUAAUAUCACUUCAUUAUAUGGUAAUUUAUUCUCAUCGGACGAAUACAGAGAAAUUGUUCAAUCAACUGCAAUGCCAGACUUCGAGCCAAACAUGUUCAGCAAUAAAUUCAGAACACCACUUGAAAAUCUUCAGUGGAAUGAAAGGGAAGAGAUUAAUUGUAAUCGUUUAUUGUCAUUAGGAUUUGCAGAUAAUCCACAUUAUAUCAAAAGAACUGUCAACUGA